GAUAGCCUGCCACCUAUGUGUACCUAACAUCUGGCAUAACAUCUGAUCAGUCUUUUCGCUGCUGCAGCUAAAGGAUUUCCCCAACAGAACCAGGAGCUAAAUGAGAUCAUGAUUUUAGAAGGAACUGGCAGAAUGAGUCUUAAUUCAGUCACAAGUCUUCUCCACGAGCAGCCAUCCUGGACAGAUGGAUACCCCACAUGUCAUGCAUCAGGCAGUUUCUUUGGAGCUCAGUGGCAUGAGAUACACCCUCAAUACUGGACAAAGUAUCAGGUCUGGGAAUGGCUUCAACACCUUUUGGACACCAACCAGCUUGAUGCCACCUGCAUUCCUUUCCAGGAGUUUGAUAUUGGUGGGGAACAUCUGUGCAACAUGAGUUUGCAAGAUUUCACCCGAGCAGCUGGCACAGCUGGGCAGCUUCUUUACAGCAGCCUUCAUCACCUGAAGUGGAAUGGCCAGUGUGGAAGUGAAAUGUACCCUUCACACAAUGUCAUUGUUAAGACAGAACAAACAGAUCCGUCUUUAAUGGCGUCAUGGAAAGAAGAGAACUAUUUCUAUGAUAGUGGAUAUGGUGGCACAGUAGAAUUAGUGGACAGCAAAGCGUAUUGUCGAGCACAGAUUGCAAUCAACGCUACUAGUCACCAGCCUAUUGAAGAUGCUUCAGGGCUGAAAAAAACACAAGACCACCUUCCAAAAUCUCACAGCAAGAAACAUACUCCUCGAGGGACUCACUUGUGGGAAUUUAUCCGAGACAUUCUCCUGCAUCCAGAAAAGAAUCCAGGCUUGAUAAAAUGGGAGGACCGGUCUGAAGGCAUCUUCAGAUUCUUAAAAUCUGAGGCAGUAGCUCAGCUGUGGGGAAAGAAGAAAAACAAUAGCAGCAUGACUUAUGAGAAACUCAGCCGUGCCAUGAGAUACUAUUACAAAAGAGAAAUUCUUGAACGUGUAGAUGGUCGGAGACUAGUAUAUAAAUUUGGAAAGAAUGCCCGUGGCUGGAGAGAAAAUGAGAACUAAGGAUCCACUUUAAAAACAACUGUACAAAUUUUCACCAACAGGAACUUGUCAUGGAUGUAAAUAUUUCAGAGACUAUUUUCUUCUAUUUAUGUACCAAAAAUUGAGGGAGGACGGGCAGAAAUCUACUUCUAAUGGGAAGAAGGAACACUAUGGUUUAUUGAUGUUGAAGUUAUUUUAUUUGACAUAUGUCCUUCUAUGGGGAAAGAUGUACACAGUUUUCUGUGACCUAUGAUAUAAUGCUGUAUGGUUGUGUUUGGGGAUGUGUUUUCCUUUCUUGUGAAGACUUUAAAAAAUGUAUUCCAAGAGAAAUGUGAUUUAUAACAAUACUGUGAGAGAAGAAUGUACUAAGAUGAACUCACAGGGCAUUACUUUUUACUUCAGAGCCUGAAAAUAAGGACCAUUGCUUUCUGCAUGUAAGAGAAAUUAGGAUAUUGCCCUUCCCCAACCUGGAGCCUUCCAGAUGUUGUGGCAAAUGGUCAGUAACAAGAGGAGUUGUAGUCCAAAACAUCUGGAAGGUGUGAGGUUAUGAAAGGUUGAUCUAUAUCCUUUAUCACAGUGUAAGGGUUGUAUGAGAAGAUCUGGCCACUCAAAUCUUGUGUCUCUUUUAGUCAGGUAGCUGAGUAAAACUGUGGAAUAUGAUGACUGUGGGAUAUUAUUUCUGUAGUCAAUGUGCCCUUGCCCUGUCUUGGUCUCCGUUCUUGACCCUCAAUUUAAGAGAUGGAUUCAUGUUCCUGGAUGAAAGACUAUUUGUUCAAAUAACUGUCCUGGAACAUGAGAAUCCAUGAUCUCAGUAAAAGGGUAUUCUUUUGUUCUGUGAACCACCCUGAGGCCUCCGGGUAUAAGGUGGUAUAUAAAUUCAAUUAUUAUUAAUAAUAAUAAUUUUGUAUUUUUUUUAGUGGAAUUUGAUUACCAGUUUUGUGAAUGCUUAGCUAGCUUAUGAAAAGGGGGGGGGAAAACAACUCAUGGUGACAGCCUUCCCCAACCUGGUACAAGUUGUUGAACUGCAACUCCCAUCACUCCUGACAAUUGACUAUGCUGGCAGGGGCUGAUGGGAGUUGGAGUCCAACAAUACCUGGACAGCACCACAUUGAAGAAGUGGUUGGCUGUUAACUUAAGACAUGUUUGAGUAUCAUAGACAAUCACUGUGCCAAAAUCUCUGUGAAAAAGUCAACUUUUUGGUCAGGUGUAAUCUUCAUAGAGAGAAGGGCUGUAGUUCUGUGGGGGAGCACAUUCUUUGCAUGCAAACAAUCUUAGGUUCAAUUCCCAGAAUCUUCUAGUAGACAAUACUGCAUUGUAGACAAUACUGAGCCAAUGGUCUGUCUCCGUAUAUAGUACCUUCUUAUGUUUCGACUUAAUAUGGGUUUAAUUCCUGCUCAGAUGUAAGAGUAAGAGCAGGAUAGAGUAAGAGCAGGAUAGAAAUGUAACCCCCCCCCCACACACACACACAUCAAUGGUCUGAUACAGGGAUGGGAGAUUUGGGGCCUGCCAAAUGUUUCUGAACUCUGACAGUCACAGCCAGCAUGGCUAAUUGCCAGAGAUUGUGGAACUUGUGGUAUGGCAAAAUCUGGACGGGGCAAGAUUAUCUACUCCUUGCCUAAUACAAACAGUUCAUCAACCACUCAAAAAUUCUGUUUCUGGCUGCUAUAUAUACAUGUUGGCCUAGUUCUCACUCGGGUGAGAUCUUGACUGCACCACAUUCCAUAGUUGAAUUCUCCUCCAUUCAAAGGCCACUCCUUCCAUCUGACAUCUCAAGGAGAAAACUGACGUCUCAAGGAGAAGCCUAGGGUAGAACCUUACAUCUCAUUUCUUUUUGUAACGAUUUCUUUGUUUUUCUUUUUUUAUGGAAGACCAGGCACUGUGAAACGAUAUGGUCUAGACACAGAUUUACCCUAUAUGGGGAAAUUAGGCAAUUGUUGCAAGUGCUAAACUUAAAAAUGGUCACUUUGGGCUCAUUUAUAUUUGCCCACAUGAUUUAAAUCCAAACUGGAAUCUUAAUUUCAAAGUUUCCUUUAAAGUUCUUAGAUGGCAGGUAAUAGCUCGUUUUCUAGGUAUAUAAUGGAAGAACAAAGCAACAGAGCACAGCACAAAACUGUCAAGGCUACUGGGGAACUUGGUCAGGUUUUUACAGAAGCAACCAAGUCUUCUACAGCCUUAAAGGUCAAUGAGUUGAUUAUGGUGUAAGCCUUUGUGCCUCCCUCUUUGGUCUUUGCAGAAAAACACACAUAGGCAUGUCAGGGAGACAACACCUUUUCCUGCUCAGUUAUUGCCAAAGCUGUCACCAUCAGUUAUAGUUAUGUGACAUUUUUUACUUUACAUAAGGUGGGUGGAGGCAGGUUCAUCUUAUUUACAAAUGAAAUCAUAGGACUCCAGCCGUCAAAGCAAGCCUUUUCUUCUUGUGUCUUUUUCUUGACUUAACAUUUGUUCUGUCUCUGAAUCAGAUUCCACCACCCCAGCUUGCUUCCUAUUGCCAUUGUUAACUUCAUGGGUCCCCGCAUCUAACCAAUUAUCUGAUCCUGCAUAAAUGUUAGGCGAUGGGUUGGAUUUGUCACUGUUGGGAAUUACCAGUAUGGAGUAUUUCUGAGACAAAAGGUUAUACACAUUUAUAGCCAAUCUAUAGUUCUAAUGAAUGAAACACACUGAAUGGAUAAUUUUGUACGUCUAAUUUAUCAGUGCUUGGGAAUAAAAGAAUAGCGCUUCACAAUGGCCCAGAUCACACACAAAGCUAAGCAAACUAUGGCAAAGCGUUGCCCUGUUUCCCGGAGCUAAGCCAUGGUUUAACUUAGCAUUACAUCUGAAUCUGAGCUCAUAGUUUGUUUUCCCCAACAAAUCAUGAAUGUGCGGUCAAGAACAAACCUUGGCAAUAUUCAUGGCUUGUUUGGAGCUUGACAAACCAUGAGCCUGGGAUCAGACAUAAUGCCAAACCCAAGCCAUGUCUUAGCUUUGGGAUAGCAUAGCAGCAGGACUUGAGGAGGAGAAAAGUAUCUGUACUUUCAGUCAUUUAUAACUAGCCUUGGCUUGGAUAGCGUUACAUGCAAACUGUAUGCGCCUUCUUCUGUAAUAUGUAAUAUGAGAAGGUAAUUAAAAGAACUUCUGUGCUACAUACAAAAUGGCUGACAGUUGUGUUAGUAUUUAAUUAUUGUGUUGGCUCGAAUUCAAGCCCUCAGCUGGUUAAAUUAGCUGUAGUCCUUUCUGGUUUCUUAUUUUGUCCCACACCUUUCUUGCUUUGGAAUUCUUGGAAGUAAUCCACAUUGACUAAUGCUGCUAUUUCACUGUCACAUAGAUCUUGUGGUAACUACUUAUAAUUAUGCCAUCAUGUAAGAAUACUUCUUUGAUGACAAUUUUACGGGAGCUAGACUGUUCCCAGCAGCUCCUCAAUUUGCAGAGAUAUUGUAAUUAGGUGUGAACCUUUAGGACAUAAGACUACAUAUUUACAUCGGUAAAAUAGUUAUUCUCUUGCCCCAGCAAUCCCUAGGAACAAAAAUUCUAUAAGAGGGCCUAGUGAUUUAUCUCAGCACCCCCUUCCCAUACUAUGCAACAGGGGUGGAGAACCUGUGGCCUUCCAGAUGUCGUUGGACUACAACUCCUAUCAUCCCUGAUUAUGUCCAUGCUGCGUGGGGGCUGAGGGAAAGUGAAGUCCAACUGCACCUGGAAAGCAUAGGCUCCCUAUCCCAGCUAUACAGGAGUCUUUGGUAGAAACUAGCAUAAAACCAACAUAACUUUGUAGUGUAGAGACGAUGAGGAACAGUUGUUCCUCUUAUAAUGAGCAGGAACUGCAGGAAUAGUCUCUUUCUGAGUUCAUAAACAACCUUCAUUAGAUUAUUUCUCAAUCCUACAAUAUCAAUCCACGAUACUGAAUAAUAGCAUCAGAUAUUUCCUGCUAUUAUCAGGACUUCAUUUGAUUUCAGGACUCUAUAGAUUUGGAAACAGAAGUAACGUAAGAUUUACUCUGCUAUAAACAGAGACAAUAGAUUUAUUAACUGCCACAGAUCUUGCCAAGCACAUGCGGUCCCAGCCAAAAAUGAACUUUUUACCAUCUUUAACCAACAGGAUAUUUAUAUGAAUGUUUAUAUCAUAAAGGCAUUUCUGAGAUUGCUCUUCUAAUACGGUAUGUUGGCAAGCAAUGGAGUGGUGAUUUUUUAAAAAAACCAAAACAAAAACAAAAGGUUUAUAUAUAUAAUAUUACUCUGGUAAGAUUUGUAUAUAUUUUUUAUUUUAGCAUAUUUUUCAUAUGCAUAAAGUUCUAUAUAGGAUAAAGGUGUUUCUAUAUUUAUAUUGGUUGCAAGCAAAUCGCAUGGUCAAAGAAUUUGUUGUGCGAUCUAUCUGUGUUGUUUGCUACCUAAACAAUCUUUCUUAGCACA